GCAGACCAGUUCCCAUCUGGCUGGCUCCAAAAGCUCAAGGCACGCCUCUUUUCUGCCUUGUAUCCAAUCAGCAGCCGCUACACUUUCGUUGACGGUGUCCCCGGCCGCAUCCUUUUUUCCCUCUCUCCUAAUUGCGUCCACCCGCCGCCGUCUUUAAUUCUGCUUCUGCUUCUGCUGUCUGUGAACUCAUUCUCUCCUUUCUAAAACCACAGUCCCGCCUCUCUGUGAUUGCUGCUUUGUGCCCGUUCCGGCUUCCAGUCCGUUUAUUUAGGGUUCCUCCUACUGUAUCUACUCUACCAGGGCUGUUCGUCCCAUUCUCAUCUUCAUUCCCACCCGCUUGUCCUGUCCUGUCCUGUCACAUCCAUCCCAAUUCAUCCACAUACCCGCCAGCCGCUUUUGCCUCUCCAUUUCUUUACUGUUCGAGCAUCGACGUAUCAUCACCUGUGAAGAAGAGGGAACACCAUUUCGCCGCCGCUGCGCCAGGACAUCACAAUCCAAGUUUGUUACUGUCUGCAGAGCUCAAGCGAUAUUGUGAGGUCAGUUCAGAAGAUUAUACCCAUCCACCCACCUGUUUCGCGACCACGACGGCACACGUAAACACCGCGUCGUCGACGUUGUUUAAUCAGUCCCAGCAUUCCCUAUAAACCUUGCGGGAAAAAAAAAGAAAGAAAAAAGAAGUAAACAGCGCUACCGUCACAAUGGGUUGCGGAAUGAGCACAGAGGAGAAGGAGGGCAAGGCCCGGAAUGAGGAGAUUGAGAACCAGCUCAAGCGCGACAAGAUGAUGCAGCGAAACGAGAUCAAGAUGCUUCUGCUCGGUGCUGGUGAAUCUGGAAAGUCCACCAUUCUCAAGCAGAUGAAGCUCAUUCACGAGGGUGGCUACUCGCGCGACGAGCGGGAAUCCUUCAAGGAAAUCAUCUUCAGCAACACUGUUCAGUCAAUGCGUGUUAUCCUCGAGGCUAUGGAGUCUCUCGAGCUUCCUCUCGAGGACCAGCGUAUGGAGUACCACGUUCAGACCAUCUUCAUGCAGCCCGCUCAGAUCGAAGGCGACGUCCUGCCCCCUGAGGUUGGCAGCGCCAUUGAGGCUUUGUGGAAGGAUCGCGGUGUGCAAGAAUGUUUUAAGCGAUCUCGCGAGUACCAGCUUAACGACUCAGCCCGAUACUACUUCGACAACAUUGCUCGCAUCGCCGCUCCUGAUUACAUGCCAAACGACCAGGAUGUUCUCCGAUCUCGUGUCAAGACCACCGGUAUUACCGAGACCACAUUCAUCAUCGGCGACCUUACAUACAGAAUGUUCGACGUCGGUGGUCAAAGAUCCGAGCGAAAGAAGUGGAUUCACUGCUUCGAGAACGUCACCACCAUUCUUUUCCUGGUUGCCAUCUCUGAGUACGAUCAGCUCCUGUUUGAGGAUGAGACUGUCAACCGAAUGCAGGAGGCUCUUACUCUCUUCGAUUCCAUCUGCAACUCAAGGUGGUUCAUCAAGACAUCGAUCAUUCUGUUCCUCAACAAGAUCGAUCGCUUCAAGGAGAAGCUGCCUGUCAGCCCCAUGAAGAACUACUUUCCCGACUACGAGGGCGGUGACGACUAUGCCGCGGCUUGCGAUUACAUCCUCAACCGUUUCGUCAGUUUGAACCAACACGAGACCAAGCAGAUCUAUACCCAUUUCACCUGCGCAACCGAUACCACUCAGAUCCGCUUCGUCAUGGCGGCUGUCAACGAUAUCAUCAUCCAAGAGAACCUGCGUCUCUGUGGUCUCAUCUAAAUGAUCUUUUUUUUUCUUGCUGUCACAAAACACGAAUACCCUCGAACUUAAUAACGACACUGUUUAGAUGGGCCACGGGGAUAUGGCUCACGAUUUUUUCUUGUACUCGUCACACCGGAGGAGCGAAGGCGCAAGUCAACAACUGCGUGACUCCUUGGGUCGACGACGGAUACUGACGGUCCGGCUCACCCGUUACGCCAGAUAUACUACUAGCUUUGGCUGUGCCCAGGUCGACCUUGGUUCCGUUUCUUUGUAAGGAUUUUCCGGUUGAUGGAUGGGAGUUGAGUUGCCUUGUAUCACAAAAACGUCUUUUUAAAGGGAGAAGGAUUUUAAGAACGGUGGACCACAGAUGAUGAAGCCGCGAAGGCUAGUGGUCAUGGCCGCCCAUGACGUCGGGAAGAUAUGAUUUGCCCGUUCAAGAGCGUGACGGACGAGGCUGGAAGAAGGGGUCAUUAUUUGCAUCUAAACAGUACGGGCGAUGGAGGAUGGUGGUCAUCUACUUUGUUUAAUUACGAAACUCUUUCCUACCACUACCACUAUCACUACCGCCCAUGCCUUGUUACCCUCCGCACGUUAGCAUCGUAUUGUUUACUCGUCACUCGGAUGCGGUGUUUUCUCGUUUAAUUUCAACUAUCAAAGUAUACCGUAAAAUAAUGAUUUGGCGCGUCUUUCGUCUGAAACAAACUCACCGCCUGUCGCCAAAUUCCGCACCUGCUCAUGUCUUGUUUGCUCUUUUCGCUUGCGUUUUGACUCACUUUUCUGUUGGCGUAUGUCUUGAAGUCAAGCCCAGUGCCCGUUUUUGCCCAGAGCAGAGGAUGUAAACGCGCGCUACCCACGCACGUUUCCCAACGAGGACACAUCCGGGUCCAUCUCCCUACAGAACUAUGGAGGUUUUGUCUCUGAUGUGAGACAUGCGUGGGAGCAGUUGGAUGUUUGCUUAUGAUGAUGUCCUCAAGGCCGAGAUAAACAAAAUCAUGUGUCUUGACUCAACCUCGUUCUCCUUCCUGUGAGGCAAAAUACACGUGAGAGAUGGCAAAAAGGGAAUGUUUCACACAAAGAUCGUACGAGGGGCGGCGAUCCAGUUUCUACCGUUCAUAGAAAAUAUACAUACGCAGCAAAUAGUCACAUCCUAUGGCGACUCACGUGUUUCAUAAUCUUGUCUGUUUUUGGUUGUCUCAAUUUUGUCAGGAAAACUAUGCUCUAAGGCUACUCCUAAUAGACUAGAUCCGACAAUCUCGGCAUCAAAGCAUCCCAGAGCAUUUGAU